AUGAGUCACCUUUCUUCACCCCUUCAAAAACACAAGGGGGCUUCUAAAAACCAAGGCUUACUGACAGGUCCAGAAAGGGGCACAUCAGUAAGUGGUCCUAGUGCUAUGGCCACUGGAGCAAAGGAUCAACGACAAAGCCAUACCCAGACCCAGCUUCAGGUGCCCAACCGUCUGAUCCAUGAGAAGUCACCUUACCUAUUACAACAUGCCUACAACCCUGUGGACUGGUUCCCAUGGGGACAAGAAGCUUUUGAUAAAGCCAAGGAUGAAAACAAACCAAUUUUUCUUUCAGUUGGCUAUUCAACUUGUCACUGGUGUCAUGUGAUGGAAGAGGAAUCGUUUCGGAAUAAGGAGAUCGGACAGAUACUCAGCGAGGACUUUGUGAGUGUGAAGGUAGAUCGAGAAGAGCGUCCUGAUGUGGACAAAGUGUACAUGACCUUCGUGCAGGCCACCAGCAGUGGUGGAGGCUGGCCCAUGAAUGUGUGGCUGACCCCUGACCUCCAACCAUUUGUUGGGGGGACAUAUUUCCCCCCCGAGGAUGGACUAACACGCGUUGGUUUCCGAACUGUCCUCCUGAGGAUCCGUGAUCAGUGGAAACAAAACAAGGCAACACUAUUAGAAAACAGUCAACGGGUCACAGCUUCCCUGUUGGCCAGGUCUGAGAUCACUGUGGGCGACCGAGAACUACCCCCCUCUGCCGUAGCAGUCAGCCAGCGGUGUUUCCAACAGCUGGAGGAGGUCUAUGAUGAAGAGCAUGGCGGUUUUGCAGAGGCCCCCAAAUUCCCCACACCUGUGAUCUUAAGCUUCCUGUUCUCUUAUUGGGCCACUCAUCGAAUGACCUCUGAUGGUUUUCGAGCCCAGCAAAUGGCCAUGCACUCACUGAAGAUGAUGGCAAAUGGAGGCAUCCGGGACCAUGUGGGACAGGGUUUUCAUCGCUAUUCCACUGACCGUCAGUGGCACAUCCCUCACUUUGAGAAAAUGCUCUAUGACCAGGCCCAGCUGGCAGUAGCCUACACACAGGCCUUCCAGAUCUCUGGAGAUGAAUUAUUUUCCGAUGUUGCCAAAGGCAUCCUACAGUAUGUGAGCCAGAGCUUGAGCCAUCUGUCUGGAGGCUUCUACAGUGCAGAGGAUGCAGAUUCUGUGCCUGAGGGGGAAGUGAAGCCCAAGGAGGGAGCCUAUUACCUGUGGACAGUGAAUGAGAUCAAAGCCUUACUUCCAGAGCCCGUGGAAGGUGCUACUGAGCCACUGACUCUUGGUCAACUCUUCAUGAAGCAUUACGGAGUUACUGAAACAGGCAACAUAGGAAGUACCCAGGACCCUCAUGGAGAGCUGCAGGGCCAGAAUGUGUUGACAGUGAGGUACUCGAUGGAUCUCACUGCUGCUCGGUUUGGCCUGGAAGCAGAGACUGUGCGGACGCUGCUAGAUACUGGGCGUGAGAAGCUCAUACAGAUCCGAAAACGUCGAUCUCGCCCCCGAUUGGACAUCAAGAUGCUUGCUGCCUGGAAUGGAUUGAUGGUAUCUGGCUUUGCAGUAGCAGGGGCUGUCCUGGGCAAAGAAGAACUGAUCAGCCAGGCCAUUGAUGGGGCCAAGUUUUUGAAACGGCACCUAUUUGAUGUCAGUAGUGGGCGACUUGUUCGGGGGUGCUAUGCAGCUGUUGGGGGAACUGUAGAGCAGAGUUCCUCACAGUUCUGGGGCUUUCUAGAAGACUACGCCUUUGUGAUCCGGGGCUUGUUGGACUUGUAUGAAGCCUCCAGGGAAUCUGCAUGGCUGGAAUGGGCACUGAGGUUACAGGAAAUGCAGGAUAGACUCUUCUGGGACAGCCAAGGAGGCGGCUAUUUCUGCAGCGAGGCCGAACUGGGGGGCAACCUCCCUCUUAGGCUCAAAGAUGAUCAGGAUGGCUCUGAGCCCAGUGCUAACUCGGUGUCUGCCCACAACCUACUGCGGCUUCAUGGUUACACUGGUCGGAGGGACUGGAUGGACAAGUGUGUCAAACUGCUGACUGCCUUCUCUGAUCGGCUUAGGAGGGUCCCUGUGGCACUGCCAGAGAUGGUCCGGGCUCUGAGCAUCCAGCAGCAGACAAUGAAGCAGAUUGUCAUCUGCGGGAGCCCCCAGAGUCAAGACACCAAGGCUUUGAUUGACUGUGUCCACUCCAUCUAUGUGCCCAACAAAGUGCUAAUCCUCUAUGAUGGAGAGCCUACCAGCUUCCUUGCCCGACAGUUACCAUUCCUGACCAGGCUUCAAAAGGUAGAGAGCCAAGCCACAGCUUACAUAUGUGAAAAUCAGGCUUAUUCCUUGCCUGUCACAGAUCCUGCUGAACUUCGAAAACUGUUGCUCCUAUGA